UCCCGCAUCGCUCUUGCCGGGACGCGCGAUAGGCCGCUGGGGGCGCCGACGUCACACUGACCGCCUGGCGGCUUUCCCUUCCUCGCGAGGCUGCGGCCGGAAACGGAACAUCGGAGGCCUCUCGCGAAGCGACCGGGCCGCGCGGGAGGAAGAUGCUGCCUUCGCAGCACUUCGGGCGGCUCCUGAGGAGAGUUCUGGGUCAGCACAAAGAAGAACUGCGGGCCGCUAAGAAACGGGUGCUGGUGGCGGGGCUGGGAAACUACGGCCUGCGCGGCACGCGCCACAGCGUGGGGAUGGCCAUCCUGAACCACCUGGCCAGCAAGCUGAGCGUGGCCGACCAGUGGAGGAAGGACAGGCGCUGCUGCGCGGACGUGGCCCUUGCCACGCUGGGCGAGACGGAGCUGGUGCUGAUGAAGCCGCGCCGGCUGAUGAACAUCAACGGGCUGUCCGUGCUCGGCGCCGUGGAAGCCUAUGGUCUGGACAUUGAGAAUAUCUACCUGGUUCAUGACGACCUGGACAAGCCCCUGGGGAAGGUCGCCCUGAAGCUUGGAGGGAGUGCCAGAGGCCACAAUGGAGUCCGUUCCUGCAUCAACUCUCUACACUCUGACAGCAUGGUCCGGCUCAGGGUCGGGAUCGGACGCCCUGCCGGGGACACCGCCGUGGACCGCUACGUCCUGGGCAUGUUCACCAGCGCCGAACAGGAGCUCUUGCCGCAAGUCUUCGACCAGGCGGUGCAAAUGCUGCUGGAACACAUCCAGCAGGACAGCUGCCAGAGCAGGGGCGCCCCCAGGCCCCCGGCCAGCGCCCCUCUCCUGGGAGAGGACACAUGACCCCCCUGUCACUCUUCACGCAUUUAUAAGUCUGG